AUGGCUAUUUUUGGAACCUCCAUUGUGCUCAUUCUCAUACCCACAGUCUUCAUGUCGAUUGCACCAUCCGCAACAGGAAACAAAUUAACGGAUAUUGAGAUAAAGCAUUUGUGCUCCAAGACCAACAAUCUUGGGAGCUGCUACAAACUCUUAAAGUCUGAUCCUCGCACAACAAAUGUGGACGCAAGAGGCCUUGCGGAAGUUUCUGUUGAUUUGGCAUCUAAGAAGUCGUGUUCCAGCAAUUACACUGACGCCAUUCGUGAUCUUAAAGCCAUUAAGAAUUACUUAAAGUCGGGUGCUUUCAAGAACAUACCUGUUCAAGUUAAGGAUGCCUCUGAAGAAAUCAAACAGUGCAAGAAAGUGUUUGGUGGAGCAACUAGCGAUGGUGCACACAUAAAGAAGAAAAAUCAGGAGUUUGAAUUUCUUAUCAGCAUAGUUGAGGUUACGUCGAACAAUCUGAACAAGAACUAG